AUGCUGCGCACUGCUCUCAUUGUCUCGGACGGCCGCUCAGUCUCGCGUGCAUAUCGUGUGGGCCUCACGCAGCAGCGUCGCCAUGUGCGGUACGCAAACAUCCAGGAGGCGCUCAAGCCGCAGUCGGGGCAGAGCGCAGGGCAGAUGUCUAUCCUCAACGAGAUCUGCUGCAACCCCGACGCAGAGGAGGAGCGCCGCAAGCCGAUCUUCCGCCACGAGGUGGCCCCGCGAGGGAUGGGGAAGAACUACCUGCGCACUAUGUACCAAUGGGGCUUCAACUCACUCACACUCUUUCGCAAGACGAAUGAGGACCCUGGGCCGUGGUGGAAUGCCAACAGCAGCACGCUCGUUUCAAACUGGUCGCAGGUGGGCGAUUACGCUAACGCCGGCAUGUGGUCUGGUGUUUGGCGCUACACUUAUGGCGUGGGUGAGUACAACCUGCGUCCCUACGAAGUGCGGGGCCGUGCGUGGGGACGCCGCUUCAACAAGAAGGGCGCCUUGGCUAUUGAUUAUUACUACAAUUGUAGCAAUAGUAAAGAAAAGACGACGAGCCCGCAAUACCUCAUGUUCCCACAUACAGCUGAACACCAGAUGCACCGCCGUCUGAAGAACCCACAGCUCCCUGAAUUCAAAGAUAUCGACGCGCUGCAUGGUAAGCGCAUCCUGCGGGAGAUCCAAUACCACCUAGGGCAGGGGCUGCGCUUCUAUCUCAUCGAUGGGGUGUUUGGCAGCCAUCCGGCCACGCAGACACCGUACCGGAUUAUCACUGACAACCCGACGCACGCGUACUUUGCAUCGCUCGCGUCCAUACGCAAGUUCAAUUACGUGGCUCAGCAAGAGAUCAUGCUAUCCAAGCGCAUUACACAGUCGCCUAUCGAUGAGUGGGGCUGGCGGCGCCCUGGUGUGCUGGUGUACCACGCCCCCGGCUGGGACUUUGAGAGCCCCCGUAUUGUUGAGGAGUUUGGUGGCCCGCGCCCGCGGGAUUUGGGUUUAGAGCAUCCAAAGUUCAUCGCUAUGGAGCCGUACAGUAUUCCCAUGAAGGCAGUCAUCGCAAGUGAACCAAGCUGCGACGCACUGCUGGAUGUGGCGGCCUUCCUAUGUGCUCGAUGGGGCUUCUACGCGGACGACAAGGGAUUUCUCACUCUUGCCGCAGAGAGCAUUCUGAGUCCAGAUGCCACUAAACUCACGUUGAUCGUGUGCAGCUCCGAUGCGGAGGCCGACAUUCUGCGGGCAUCGCCGUACAUCUUCGGUGCGCGCCAUCACCGCAUUGCAGACGGGUGGGUAUCCCGUGCGUGGGACGUCGUGUCGGCGCCGAAGAACAGCGUAAACGCUGACACGCAUGACAUAGUGGAGGAAAGCUUAGGCCGUGUGCAGAAACCACUUCCAGGGCGCAUUGGUAUGCCCCACGCGCGUUCACACCGCCACUACGGCCGUCGUCAUGUUUCCGGUUUUGGUUACAAAUUGCCCCACACCUACACGGAAGAUGCGGCAACCAAGGCAGCUGCAGGUGGGCAUCUCUUCGCCGCACCCGCCAAAAAUACACUUGAGUCACACCCCAUUCGUCCAAAUGCAUUCAAACUUUCGUCAGUGAAUAUCAUCGUGAUUGGUACUGGUUCGGAUGCUGCCAAGGUUAUCGCCGAUGGUCUCUUUAAGAAGAGAAUGCUUUACGCUGAGCCGGAUAAGCUACAAGAGGCACUUGGCACUAUGCUGAAAGAAGCAAAGAAUGUGCGAAUAGUUGAACCAAAUGCGGCAACGGGUGAAUUGCAGAAACUUGCCAAGACUGGCUCUACAUAA